GUGAAGCCAAUCUCAGACAGAGCCUCAUUCCUCUGUGCCUGUGCCAUGUGUCUGACAAGACGGCUGGUUAAAGAAACCUCCAAAUUCCUCCUGUAACAGAGUGUUCUGGCCUAAUGAUCUUCCCUGUGCACUGUCUGCCUUUCUCUACCACCCAGAGCCAUGUCAGCAGGUAACCAUAGUUGAAAUGGAAGAGCAUCUCCGACACUAUCAAUUCAGAAAACACUGACCACAAACAGGCACUCGCUGCCUCAAUGGAUCCUAUAACAUUUAUUGCUCCAAAAUCUCCUGCAGCCAACCAGGCUGUGCUGGAGUUUAGUCUCCAGAUGAUUGGCUCUUUAACAGUGAACUCCUUGACUACUACGCCAAUUUUACCAUGGGUAGUGGCAGAAAUCAAGAAAAGAAAUUCGAAGACUACCAGGAAUCUGCAAAGUGUGCUCCAGAUUCGCCUCUAUGUCUCCUCCAAAAGCAUCCUGUGUGAGCCACAUCUGGGCAACUGUCAGCAGUGGGAUCCUUUAAUUUGCUCCAGUAUCUUUGACUGUAAGCCCCAGCUGGUCCAGAAACUGAUUCAUAACAGCCAAGACCCCAGUUAUUUUGCAUGUCUCCUAAGGAAAGAGAAUCUUGCAAGCCAAGAAAGCACAUGCUACCUUUUCCAUUCUGACGAUCCCUUCAAAGUGCCGGAAAUAAUUGGCUCUAUCCGACAAGCAGGAAAGUUGGCACGGCAGGAAGCAGUUCAUUCCCACCUGUGUGAUUUGGACGAUUCAUUCUCCAAAAAGUUUGAAGUUUUAUUCUGUGGCCGCGUGAUUGUGGCGAAUAAGAAAGCGCCCCCUGCUUUGAUCGACGAAUGUAUUGACAAGUUCAACCAUGUUAGCUGCACUAAAAAGAAGGAAGGGGGCACUCAAACUCCACAGGGGGAUUCACCAACUUUACAGCCAGAAUCCGCUAUUGGGAUAUCUUUUGGCAAUAAAUUGCGCUCAGUCUUCCAGUCUGCGUUUAACGAUGAUGACAAAAAUAAACCCAUCCAAAAAUCCUACUCCCAGCCAGGCUUGCGGACUAAUAUCUCUUUUACAAACGAAUGGAAAGAUGGACGCAGUAGCCUUCCUACUUCAUUUGAGGACAGCGAUAUAAGUUUGCAUGUACAGAGGUUGUCUGGGGAGGAACAGAACGGUGUACAGCCCACAGACAUGGAGGAAAACCAGACUAUGCUCUUCACGAUUGGCCAAGCAGAGGUUUACUUGAUCAGCCCAGACACAAAGAGGAUCGUGAUUGAAAAGAGCUUUAAGGAGAUAUCAUUUUGUUCUCAGGGAAUCCAGCACGCUGACCAUUUUGGUUUUAUCUGCAGGGAGCCAUUACUGAAUGGAGGGUGCCAUUUUGUGUGUUACGUAUUUCAGUGUACAAAUGGAGCACUGGUGGAUGAGAUCAUGUUGACUCUGAAGCAGGCCUUCAGUGUAGCUGCAGUGCAGCAGAAUUCCAAGUCUCAACCGCAGCUGUGCGACACUUGUCCCAUGCAGUGCAUGCAGAGACUCUGUGAGAGAAUAGAAGGUCUUCCUUCUGCCAAAAUUAAAUAUGAACUGCAAAAGCACCUCACAACACUAACCAAUCAGGAGCAGGUCUCCAUGUUUGAAGAAAUUCAGAAAAUUCGGCCAAGGUCUGACCAGCAAGAAAACGAACUAGUAAUCUCUCGCCUGCGAUGCCUGUAUGAGGAGAAACAGAGAGAUCAUGCCCAUAAUGCUGAAAUGAAGCAGAAUUCGCAAGCAGCCGAAAGCAUGGCCAACGGGCUGCAGACCAGCGCCUCCCGAUUCAAACUUGAGUCUCUGACCAGCAAAGCAAAGCGAUCCUUGACGGAAUCUUUAGAAAACAUUUUGUCAAGGGGCAGCAGGAGUCGCAGCCUGCAGGAGAGCUUUGUCAGUGGGGAUGAUGACGGCACUUCCCUUGAUCCAAGUAUUAAGGAGCUGUCAUUAUGUGAGACAGAACCAGCUACUCCUCUUGCAAUCCCCUUAAAGAGUCACGGCUCCCUUGGAGAUCUAUCGAAGAGCUCAGAUAUCUAUUCCUGUGAGCAUCCAGAGGAAUUAGUUCAGCAGGGAUUCCGUCGGCGAGCUAACACGUUAAGCCAUUUGCCUGUUGUGGAGCAGGAAUUUCCCAAGCCAGUUCCAAUAACUCCAUCUGUUCCACAGCGGAAACUAAUAAGGCACCACUCUGUGAGCACAGAGACUCCACACAAAAAUUCCAGCACUCCUCUGCCUGAGCCGGAUCACAAUCCAGUGCAGUCUGCAGAACCGACUACCCCUCGGCCCGUCUCUGCAACCUCUUCCCCUGUAAGUGGGGAAAAACUGAAGGCCGGUUGUGUUGGGGAAGCGGGGGCGCCACUUACGCAAAAGAGCCUUUUCUACCGUUCUACUGCUCUGAGAAAGAAACUUCAUUCCUCUUCUUCUGUGCCAAAUUUUCUCAAAUUUCUGGCUCCUGUAGCUGAAAAUAGCACCACUGGCUUUAACAGUAGGAAAAGUGAUUUUGAAUGUAAGUCCAUACACAGUAUCGCGGGAUGUGAGAGCCCAGUAAGGAGGCGCAGACAUUCUUGGCGGCAACAGAUCUUCUUGCGUGUGGCCACCCCUCAAAAGGGUUGUGAUUCCCCCAGCAGAUAUGAUGUUGCACCAGGUGGCUGUUCUGGGCCAAAAGAGAAAAAGAAUUACCCUGGCCGUCCGAUCAAUGUGAAUCCCCGACGCCCAGUGAAAGAGGAAUCAGCAAGCUUGCUGCCAGCAUUACCCGACCACUCAGAUUUGGGGGACAUUCCGCCCAGAUCACCCCUAGAACCUGUUCGGGAAGAUUAUCCAGUUCGGUCAGCAGCAGAAAUAAGGCAUCGGACAGUGAAAGAGCUUCGACUGCUCUGGAAAAAGGCUAUUCUUCAACAAAUUCUGCUUCUCAGGAUGGAAAAAGAAAACAAAAAACUGCAAGCCUCAGAAAAUGACUUGCAGAAUAAGAGGCUGAAACUUGAUUAUGAAGAAAUCACUCCAUGCUUGAAGGAUGUGACUUUAGUAUGGGAGAAGAUGCUCGGUACUCCUGGAAGAGCCAAGAUUAAGACUGACAUAGAAAAAAUACAUGCAGCUGUUGGACAAGGAGUUCCUCGGCAGCACCGUGGGGAGAUCUGGAAGUUUUUAUCCGAACAAUACCAGCUGAGACAUCCGCAUAUAAGCAAGAACCAGCUAAAAGACACCCCAUACAAAGAGCUUCUAAAGCAACUGACCACCCAACAACAUGCAAUACUCAUUGAUCUCGGGCGCACCUUUCCAACACACCCAUACUUCUCGGCCCAGCUGGGAGCCGGACAGCUGUCGCUCUACAACAUUCUAAAGGCCUAUUCCUUGCUGGAUCCUGAAGUCGGCUACUGCCAAGGCCUCAGUUUUGUUGCUGGAGUGCUUUUGCUUCACAUGACUGAGGAAGAUGCCUUUAAGAUGCUAAAGUUUCUCAUGUAUGACAUGGGUCUGAGGAAGCAGUAUCGGCCAGACAUGAUAACACUUCAGAUCCAGAUGUACCAGCUUUCCCGACUCCUGCACGACUACCACCGGGAUCUGUACAAUCACUUGGAAACGUACGAGAUCGGGCCCAGCCUAUACGCUGCUCCUUGGUUUCUUACCAUGUUCGCCUCUCAGUUCCCGCUUGGAUUUGUGGCGAGAGUUUUUGAUAUGAUUUUCCUCCAGGGAUCAGAAGUCAUAUUUAUGGUUGCGCUUAGCUUGCUUGGAAGCCACAAGCCCUUGAUUUUGCAACAUGAAAAUCUGGAGUCUAUUGUAGAAUUCAUAAAAAACACCCUUCCAAACUUGGGUCUGGUGCAGAUGGAAAAGACCAUUAACCAGGUGUUUGAAAUGGACAUUUCCAAGCAGCUUCAGGCUUAUGAAGUGGAAUAUCAUGUACUGCAGGAUGAACUGAUUGAUUCAUCUCCGCUCAGUGACAACCAAAGGAUAAAUAAACUAGAAAAGGCAAAUAGUACAUUGCGCAAACAGAACUUUGACCUUUUGGAAGAGCUGCAGGUAUCCCAUGGAAGAAUUCAGAUGCUAGAAUCCACCAUAGAAAACUUCCAGAGUAAUGAAGUCAAGUUAAAACAGUCUACUCUUGAGCUGGAAAGGUCUGCCUUGCUAAAUACCAUUGAAGAACUACGUGGUCAGAUUAAAGAUAUGCAGGAGAACAAGCUCUGUACUGACCAAAACGAGCCCGGACAUUGAUUUUCUUGGAAGCAGACAACCUUAGCAACAAGUAAAACUCUCUGCACUCUGCCUGUACAGAAGGAGCCUCAGCAAGGAAAGCCAGGCUCACUUGUCCUUUAGUACCCCCUCUUCAUACAAUGCACAAAGAUUCUUUAACUUAUACAUGGAAAAUGGAUAAGGGAUGAUGGUUUUCAGAAGAAUUAUGCUUAUUUUAGAAGAAAAUGAAUCCUUGCCUUUUAAGCAAGGCUCUUUUUAUUUCUUUUAUAUAUUUUUUUAAGACUUUACAAUUCCAUUCCUAUAAUUCUCAUUCAAAUAAGGAAAGCGUCUCCUACAAACUAUACUGAUUUUAGCCAAAGGACUUCUUCAAAAAGGAUUGCAGUGCGAGUCUGUAGCUCCUCUAUAUGUCCUCUUAUAUGUUAGGCAUUCAGUUUGCAGGUCAUGCUUGUCAAGCAAAAUUCUAUGGUGUGUACAAUUCACAUUUUUAAUUGCGCUCUAUUUAUAUCUUGUGUACUAACAGUUUUUAUGAGUACUACAUAUUUUAAGGUAUCGCUGCUGUGUUUUUUUUUAUCAUAUUCUAGGUUUUUUGUUUGUUUCACUUACAGUAAUCAGACAUGACUACUGGAAUUUCAGUGAUUUGUCGGCAUCUGUUACCUAGAGGCACUAACCCACACGGGUCAUUUGCAACAAUACAGCCCAUUUGUAGCGCUUAAGCUCCUGUUCUGGAGCACCACAAGCAGCAGCCAGUAAAAAUCCCCUAAAUCUCAGUAAGCCACAUCCCUACCCAUGAUGUAGAGUUUAGCCCACAAGCAAUAAAAUGAGGACUGUAGCACUGCUGCAGACUUUGUCCUUGAUUUGUUAAGGAAUUUAUUCAAAAUGAUUGUUGGUCCUAAACCUACUAUGGACAAAGACCUUUGUAUGUUAUUUGCAGUAGUUGUUAUUGGCACCAAUAGAGCAAUAGAAAUGUAUUCACGUAAAAUAAUCAUCAUAAUGCCUUACAUUCUGUGCAAUAGCAUACCUUGUGGAAAUGUGGAUUAGGGUUGUUCUUUUAAAUAAGAUCAAUGUGGUUUCUAUAAGGGAGUGAUGGCCAACGGGAGUCCAUUUUUAGUUACAAGUCAUAGUCAUUGACAGAUGUUUCUGCUCAUUUCAAUGAUAUUUUUAUAUAUGGGCUUAUGGCAAAAUCCACAUUUGUUGGCAAAAAACAUGGAGGUUGGUGCCAUGGAAACUAGCUUGAGCCAAAAGGAAGGCAAAGGCAGACUUUAUAUCCACUUGUACUGGGUCUCUCUUAGGUUUAUGGUGAUAUCGAGUCUCUUGGCCAGAAAAUGUCCUCGAAAAAUUAAAAUAAACAUUGUUCUGAUAGAUUUAAAUAUUCACAAAAUCUGCACGUCUAUGGCCAGCUUAGGUUUCCAAAAACAGCUUUUGGUUUUUCUGAUGGUAAAUGUGAGCACGGUCAGUGAGUAAAAUAAGUGAGAGCAUUAGAGAACACAUAAAAACUUGACUGUAGGUAGCCUUAAUGCUCAGCUUGGGUUACAUUGGAUUGUGAGUUGUUAUUUUGAUUAACCUUCAGCACGUAGGGAAUCAUGAAACAACCGUCCCCUGUACUGGCAAAUCAGUUCAGCGUGAGCCAAAGAAGACUGAAUUAAAAUGAUCCUCCAUCAAGCUAAAGGUGAAACAUUGCAUUUUCUCUCUGACUGGAUGGUUUGGUACAUGGAAUGUAUGUUUUAUUGAAGUUUCCCA